AUGACAACCAUCGCCUUUGUCACCUUGAUGUUCUUGCCCAUCUCAACCAUCGCGACAAUCUUCGGCAGCCAGUCUUUUAGUAUCAGCAGCACUGUGUCCGCCGAGGUCACCGUCGCACGGAAUAUCUGGAUCUUCUGGGCGAUAUCUGUGCCUCUCACCAUGCUGGCCAUUGCUCUGUGGUAUGCCCUGAUACGAAGGCGUUAUCUGUGA